CUUUGCGCACGCGCAGUGUCCACCCGACUUUGGAAAGUCGAUUCCUGAGGUUGGGAUCGCAGUGGCUGCCAUCUUGGCGGAAGGAUUGAGGAGCUGGCACCGCCGCCCUAGCCGAUUCAAGGCCCAGCUCAUAUUAUGGCUGGCAGUGGGCCAAGAUCAGGAACUGUCAGUGGAUUUGCCAUGAAAUCACAGCUUCAGAUUACUGUUAUCUCAGCAAAAUUAAAAGAAAAUAAAAAUAAAUGGUUUGGACCUAGCCCUUAUGUGGAAGUCUCAGUAGAUGGACAGUCAAAGAAGACAGAAAAAUGCAACAAUACAAAUAGUCCGAAGUGGAAGCAACAUCUUACAGUAAUUGUCACUCCUGUCAGUAAAUUAAACUUUCGAGUCUGGAGCCAUCAGACGUUGAAGUCUGAUAUUCUACUGGGUAGUGCUACUCUGGAGGUUCAUGAGACACUGAAAUCAAACAAUAUGAAACUGGAGCAGGUGGUUGUGACAUUGCAGCUUGUCGGUGACCGAGAACCAGCAGAGGUGAUAGGAGACUUGUCUGUUUGUCUGGAUGGGAUGCAGGUAGAUCCUGAGCUCCUAACUAAUGGUGAUGCCACAAGUAUAAGAAGUCCCACACAGAACGAUGGUUCCAGAGCAAGAAACGACACAAGGGCUAAUGCAAAUGGCCUUGAAAGCUAUGAGGAUGCAGGAUCCAGUGAAAGCAGGACUGUUAAUGGCAGUGAUUCUCCAUUACUCACAAAUGGGGUCUUCAAGCCUGCUAGGCCUCCCAGGCCCUCCCGACCACCUCCACCCACUCCUCGUAGACCCUCUUCUGCAGCUGGUUGUGUCAAUGGUCCUUCAUCUAUGUCCAUAGAAAAUGAUGAGUCCAGUGCAGGAUCCUCACCAAGUACAACUCCAAAUGCACCUUCAGAACAGAGCCCUGAGGGGGCAACAGCUGGAAAAACAGUUCCUGCAGCUUCUGCUUUGACCACGCCUCCUGUAUCCAGACAAGUCCAGCCAGUAAAUCCUCCAUCUCAGCCACACAGUACUGUCAGUCAAGGUCCUCUUCCACCUGGAUGGGAGCAAAGAGUGGACCAGCAUGGUCGAGUAUACUACGUAGAUCACGUUGAAAAAAGGACAACAUGGGAUCGGCCGGAACCUCUUCCCCCAGGCUGGGAACGACGAGUUGACAACAUGGGAAGGAUUUAUUAUGUCGACCACUUCACUAGAACGACAACAUGGCAGCGACCAACAUUGGAAUCUGUCCGGAAUUAUGAGCAAUGGCAACUUCAACGCAGUCAGCUUCAAGGAGCUAUGCAACAGUUUAAUCAGAGGUUCAUAUACGGGAACCAAGACGUUACCGCUGCACAGAAUGCAGAGUUUGAUCCUCUUGGCACCCUGCCACAUGGAUGGGAAAAGAGAACUGACAGCAAUGGCAGAGUGUAUUUUGUCAAUCACAACACACGUAUCACUCAAUGGGAAGACCCUAGAAAUCAGGGUCAAUUAAACGAGAAACCUUUGCCAGAGGGCUGGGAAAUGAGAUUUACUGUGGAUGGCAUUCCCUAUUUUGUGGAUCACAAUAGAAGAACUACAACAUAUAUAGAUCCCCGCACUGGAAAAUCUGCUCUAGACAAUGGGCCCCAGAUAGCCUAUGUGCGUGACUUCAAAGCGAAGGUCCAAUAUUUCCGGUUCUGGUGUCAGCAACUGGCUAUGCCACAACACAUAAAGAUUACAGUGUCCAGAAAGACAUUGUUUGAGGACUCAUUUCAGCAGAUAAUGAGCUUCAGCCCUCAGGAUCUGCGAAGACGCUUGUGGGUCAUUAUUCCUGGAGAAGAAGGUUUAGAUUAUGGAGGUGUUGCAAGGGAAUGGUUCUUUCUGUUGUCACAUGAAGUGUUGAACCCAAUGUAUUGCCUGUUUGAAUAUGUAGGGAAGGAUAACUACUGCUUACAGAUAAACCCAGCUUCUUACAUUAAUCCAGACCACCUGAAAUACUUCCGUUUUAUUGGCAGAUUCAUUGCUAUGGCUUUGUUCCAUGUGAGAUUCAUAGAUACAGGUUUCUCUCUGCCGUUCUAUAAGCGUAUCCUAAACAAGCCAACAGGACUCAAGGAUUUAGAAUCUGUUGAUCCAGAGUUUUACAACUCUCUCAUCUGGGUAAAAGAAAACAAUAUUGAAGAAUGUGGCUUGGAAAUGUAUUUCUCAGUGGAUAAAGAAAUUCUAGGUGAAAUAAAGAGCCAUGAUUUGAAACCUAACGGUAGCAACAUUCUGGUCACAGAAGAAAAUAAAGACGAAUAUAUUAGGCUGGUAGCAGAAUGGAGACUCUCCCGUGGUGUUGAAGAACAGACACAAGCUUUCUUUGAAGGCUUCAAUGAAAUUCUUCCACAGCAGUACUUGCAGUACUUUGAUGCCAAGGAACUAGAGGUGCUUUUAUGCGGAAUGCAAGAGAUUGACUUAACUGACUGGCAGAGACACACCAUUUAUCGUCACUACACCAGGACAAGCAAACAGAUUAUGUGGUUUUGGCAGUUUGUGAAAGAAAUAGAUAAUGAGAAGAGAAUGCGAUUACUCCAGUUUGUUACAGGAACAUGCAGAUUACCGGUUGGAGGAUUUGCUGACCUCAUGGGGAGCAACGGACCCCAAAAGUUUUGUAUUGAAAAAGUUGGAAAAGAAAACUGGUUACCUAGAAGUCAUACUUGUUUCAAUCGCUUGGACCUGCCACCCUACAAGAGUUAUGAGCAGCUGAAGGAAAAAUUAUUAUUUGCAAUUGAAGAAACAGAAGGAUUUGGGCAAGAGUAAUCACAUGUGGGAAUUUGCACCCUGAAGAACAUGAACUUGUGUGGUGUACGUUCUUCACUUCCUCUGCUUGUUGCACAUCUCAUUGUAAAGUAAACUUGACUAGGAUUUACUUAAACAACAUCCAUUUACUUA